AUGUGCCAAGAAAAUGAGAAAUUUUUCGGCAGACUUAUCAUACAAGAUGAAACAUGGAUCCCUCACAAUGAUUCUGAGACGGAAGCCCAAUCAAAGAAAUGGAAGCAUGAUAACUCACCACCUUCAAAGGAGGCUCAUAUCCAAUUCUCAGCUGGCAAGGUGAUGUUGACAGUCCUUUGGGACCAGCGUGGGGUAGUAAUGAUGGGUUUUCUAGCAAAGGGUACCAGAAUUAACCGGGCAUAUGAUGCUUGUCUGCUGCAGAAAUUGCGAGAUGUCAUCAAAGCAGAGAGGCGUGGCAUGUUCACCAAAGGAGUCAGCCACCUCCAAGACAACACCUCAGUUCACAAUGCACAUGUUGCCCUGAUGAAAGCACAUUCCUGCGUCUAUGAAAACAUUCUUCAUCCCUCUCACUCUCCCGACCUUGCACAAUCUGACUUUCACCUCUUUCCAAUCAUGAAGUCUUUUUUUGAAGAGGAAGCACUUUUCAGACGAUGA